CUUUCUGCAAUCAGAAGUUUAACAUUUCACAUUCUAAUUCUUCUUUUGUUUUUUUUGGCUUUCUUUUAGGCUACGGAGAGCUAAAUGGUAAUGCAGGAGAAAGAGAAGUGUCAUUAAAGGGCCUGUCCUCUGAUGAAGCCACCACCCCAGGAUCCAGAGUACCCAAUGGCAGCCAGCAGCUUGUAGACACUAACGUGACCCCAAAGCAGACUGUGAAGGCCGGUGCUUUGGGGAAAGCUGGGAUCAAACCCAAGAACUUCAUUCAGAAAAAUAGUAUGGACAAAAAGAAUGAGAAGUCCUAUGAAAGUAAAGUUCGAGAAAGCCAGUCCUCGGAGAAGCAGGAGGGAGCGUCCAUUCCCAACGGUGUGGUAACCAAUAAUUCUGGCUAUAUCACCAAUGGCUACAUAGGCAAAGGGGCUGAUAACGAUGGUAGUGGCUCCGAGAGUGGAUAUACUACACCUAAAAAACGGAAGGGCAGGCGCAACAGUGCCAAGGGUUGUGAGAACUUGAAUCUAGUACAGGACAAAAUAAUGCAACAGGAGGUCGGCGCACCAACCUUAAAACAGGAACUUGAGAGUUUCAAGCCUGAUUAUAGUGAACAAAAGGGGAACCGAAUUGAGAAUACUAAACCUGUUUGGAAAUAUGAGGCUGGGGCUGGUGGAGCAGGCCGGGGAAAGCCUGGGCUUGGGGAUGUACAGCGAAAAAACUCUGAUGCCAAACCUGGGAUUAGCAGCAAGAAGUUUGAUGACCGGUCCAAAGGGAAACACACAUCAUCGGCUACGUCUAAAGAGGAUUCAUGGACCUUAUUUAAACCACCCCCAGUUUUUCCAGUGGACAAUAGCAGUGCUAAAAUUGUUCCUAAAAUAAGUUAUGCAAGCAAAGUUAAAGAAAACCUCAACAAAGCAGCUCAGACUCCAUCCCCAUCAUCUUCAUCGUCUUCGUCAUCCGCCGGGGAAGCUCAGGCGCAAACAUCAAGUCGACUGUCCCAGGUCCCCAUGUCUGCCAUGAAGUCUGUUACUUCUGCCAGCUUCUCCAACGGGCCCAUCCUGGCAGGGACUGCUGAUGGAAGUGCAUAUUCUCCAGGGACCCAGCCACUGCUCUCCACUGCUGCUAGUACUGUACCAUCGACCUCCUCCGAGGCAGCGCCCCAGGACACGAGUACAACUCCAACAGCUCUCGAACAAAAGAAAUCUAGCCUUUUUAUCUACCCCUCAAAUAUGCAAACUGUGCUUCUGGGGCCAGGGCAAGUCGAUUUCCCAUCGCCGGCAAAUCAGCAGAACCUGGGAGAUAUCUUCCAGAAUCAGUGGGGCUUGUCUUUCAUCAACGAGCCCAGCGCUGGACCCGACACUGUUGUGGGGGAAUCUGCAGAUAAUCAGUUAAUGGAAGUGACAUUUCAAGGGGAAUAUCCUGCCACUUUGGUUUCACAGUGUGCUGAAAUCAUUCCCUCAGGAACUGAACAACCUGUGUUUCCUAAGGCUUAUGAGCUGGAUAAACGGACUAGCCCUCAAAUUCUUAGUGCUAUUCUUAAGCCUGGGACUGCUGUUGAGGGUGGUGUCUUAGCUUUGGAGUCGCAUCACACAGGUGACCUACAAAAGGCAGACACCAGUAGCCAAGGUGCUUUAGUGUUUCUUUCAAAAGACUAUGAAGUAGAGAAUCCUCUGGCCUCUCCUACGAACAAUUUGCUAGCCUCCGCCAAAGAACAGAGGUACCAGAGAGGCCUAGAAAGGAAAGAUAGCUGGGGUUCUUUUGACCUGAGGGCUGCUAUUCUAUAUCACACUAAAGAAAUGGAAAUGGUUUGGAAUUUGCAGAAGCAAGAUCCCAAAAGGAUAAUCACUUACGAUGAAGCCAUGGAUCGCCCGGAUCAAUGAAGGUAGCAAGACAAGACUGCCUGUUAUAACCUUUCUGCAGCAUUUGUGCUGUUCGUGGGGGACAAAAGGCUUUUAUGCUCCUUCUAAAUCUUCAGUGCAGCAGAGGAACCAUAACUAGAAUCACAGGAUAAUAUAUACAAAUAUAUAUAUAGUUAUUUAAAAAUGGCAACUGAAAGUAAUUAGACUUCUUAAGGAAUCUGAAAAUAUAUUUCAACGAGACUACACACGUGAUUAUUUAAUCUCCGGUACUGAAUAGAUUUUUUUUUCUCGUUUUUGUUUUGUUUUUGUUUAAAGAGUGAAUGCAAGUGAUUAACGAAUACAGACUCAAUUUACAAGCCCGGUUCUAAAGUUCCUGCUGUCGUCUACGUGGGCCACAGCAACCCACUGGAGAGGCAUUUCCACUUGACAAGGUUUCUGUUUCUUGUUCUGUGACUGUAGUGACACACUAAUCACAGGGAAAUCAGGAUGAUUCACCAUCCUUCAUCUCCCCUUGCCCUUCCACCUCCCCUAUUUGGUUUCUUUUUUUUCUGUUUUUGUUUUGUUUUUUCCACUGAAUGCUG